AUGAUCAGCAACUAUCUUGCGCUUCUUGCGCUUUCCACACUUUCAGCUGCACAUGGCGAUCAUGGGCAGGUCCCCAUGUCGGGUCCUCAUAAGAGUCUGUGGUAUAACACACUUCCUGGAGAUGGCGGCACUCAGGCCGAUUCCGUCUUCUCGGGCAUUUCCACCUUUGGUCGUCUCCCCUACUUCCCCUGUCUUUCCAGUGAAGAUGAGAGCUACGAUAUCGCGUUCCUCGGUGCUCCCUUCGACACGGGUACUUCAUACAGACCCGGUGCUCGUUUCGGACCGAGUGGUAUCCGCCAGGGCUCGCGGCGACUCAACUUGUACGGCGGGUACAAUGUUCCUCUGGAAGCAAAUCCCUUCGUCAGCGACCUGAAGAUCCUGGACUGUGGGGAUGUCCCAGUGACCUCCUACGACAAUGCCUGGGCAAUUAAACAAAUCGAGGAAGGGCAUAACAGUGUGCUCAUGCGAAAGCCUUUCACAAAUGCUCAUAAGCCAGGUCUCUCUCGAGCUGGCAAGACUUUGCCCCGUGUGAUCACUCUUGGGGGCGACCACACAAUCACGCUGCCAUUGCUGCGCAGUAUCAACAAAGCCUAUGGACCCGUUACCGUGAUUCACUUUGAUAGUCAUUUGGACACUUGGAAGCCCAAGGUGUUCGGCGGUUCACCGAGUCAAGUGGCCGCCAUCAACCACGGCACUUACUUCUAUCAUGCCGCGAUGGAGGGUCUGCUCAAGAAUGACACCAACAUCCAUGCUGGUAUCCGUACUACGCUCUCUGGGCCAUCAGACUAUGAGAAUGACGGAUACUGCGGCUUUGAAAUUGUGGAAGCCCGUGAAAUCGACACCAUUGGCACUGAUGGCAUCAUUAAGAAGAUCCGGGACCGUGUUGGCACGGAGAACCCAGUGUAUCUGUCUAUUGACAUUGACACCCUUGACCCCGCUUUCGCACCCGCCACGGGCACCCCCGAAACUGGAGGAUGGUCGACUCGUGAGCUGCGAACCAUUAUCCGCGGUCUAGAUGGACUCAACUUUAUCGGUGCGGAUAUUGUCGAGGUUGCUCCCGCUUAUGAUACCAAUGCGGAGCUGUCCACGAUGGCGGCCGCCGAUGUGCUGUACGAGGUCCUCACCAUUAUGGUGAAGAAGGGACCUCUCUCAGUUGACGGUCGCGAGCACGAGCUGUAG